UUUAUCUAAUCUUUCUCAAAAUAAAAUGAUCAUUUGACGAUAACCAUAAAGGAUGAGUUGUGCGUAUUUAACAAUACUGACCGAGAAACAUCAUUCAUCAUACGAAUUGAUGAUUUUCACACGAUGAAUUGUCCGUUUACUAUAAAAUGGAUCAAUGGCGUAGAAUCAACUAUGACCGACCUAUGUAUCAUUUGCAAAUUACAACCUGCCGAAAAGACCAUCUUUAAAAUAGAAUUUGUACCAAGUCAGCGUGGUCGAUUUAGUCUAGAAGCUCCAAUAUUUGUCAAAGGAGAAUUGGAAGGGAACAUGUUCAAUUGCCUUCAACUGUACGGUGAUAACCCGAUAUCCAGCAUCGAUUCUGAUACAUGUGAAAUUUACUUCUUCCCAAUUCCUUUGAAAAACGAAGCAGAGGAAAAGAUAACCCUCACGUUCUCGCACUACAAGAGUACCGUAAAUGUCGUAGCCAGUAUAUUGGCACCUAUAAAAUGUAGUGGAAUAAUGAAAGAAAAUACCCUUAAGAUAUUAUUUCCCAAUGGCAACACCAUAUCUGGCACACGCAGGUGAUUUAAGUAGAGAUCAAAAUAUUGUGUAAUCUCAUUCUAACUUAAAAAAAAAAA